AUUGCUCUUUUGCGGCUUCCGUAGUAUUUCAUUCGCCACAUACUGAAAGUGCUUUGUGUAACGUUAGCCCGUGGAAUUUAUCGAUAAGUGUGUUAAUGUACAUGUUUUGUGGAGGGAAUGGCUAAUGACAGACUGAGAGCUUUAGAGGAUGUGGAAAAGGAGAUUGCUUUAGUGCUGCAGAGUGCAGGAACUAUUGUCUUGGAGCUUUCCAAAGAGAAGGCCAAUGCCAGUUUAUUAGACCGACAGCUGAAUCAGUUCCAGACCUCCAUCAACAGAGUCGAGAGUGAACUCAGUUCACAGAUAAGAUAUCUGACACAAGUGGCUACAGGUCAACCUCAUGAGGGAUCAACGUACUCAGCGAGAAAGGACUGUCAGAUGGCACUAAACCGUGCAGAAUAUGCCCGUGUCAAGCUGGGGGAGCUGGGUCGCACCUGUGAGAUGAUGCUUGACCCGCAGACGUAAAAACUGGAGACGAAAGACUGUUGUUUUGUAAUAUUUGGCAGCCGACAUUCAAGACAAGCGAACAAACACUUUUUAUUUUUCACAAUCUAAAGGAAAUUCCAUGACAGACCCUGUGAUUCAUUUAAAUCAUUCUUUGUAGUAAAAUAGCACCAUAACUCUUUUGUCAUGUUUGUUAAGCAUUGUAACAUGGUAUAGCUUUUAUACUAGUUUUUCCUAAAGAACAAUAAAAUAUUUGUUUUUCACCAGCAA